GGGGGGAAGGUGGAGGUUGGCAGCACGUCGUGCCGGCACUGACGGGGAGAACGGCGGCGGAGGAGACGCGCACGGGGCGGCCCGAGCCGGUGUCUCGGCGGUGGCGGUGGCAGGAUGAUAGGAAUGGAGACUGAAACAGCGAGAGACAAAGCCAUAAAAGAGGAAAGCACUGAACAGAAAAAGGAGAGGGAGAAGAAGAAGAGGUCAAGGGUUAAACAGGUGCUGGCAGAUAUAGCCAAGCAAGUGGAUUUCUGGUUUGGGGAUGUAAAUCUCCACAAAGACCGAUUUCUCCGAGAACAAAUAGAGAAGUCCAGAGAUGGGUAUGUUGACAUAUCACUACUUGUUUCUUUCAACAAAAUGAAAAAAUUAACUACUGAUAGGAAGCUGAUUGCUCGGGCAGUUAAAAACUCUUCUGUUGUAGAGCUGGACUUGGAAGGAACCAGAAUCAGAAGACGCCAACCACUGGGUGAGAAGCCAAAGGAUGUGGACAGUCGGACUGUCUAUGUGGAACUGCUUCCCAAAAAUGUCAAUCACAGUUGGAUUGAGAGGGUGUUUGGGAAGUGUGGCAACGUGGUUUAUGUCAGCAUACCCCGGUACAAAAGUACUGGUGAUCCAAAGGGCUUUGCUUUUGUGGAAUUUGAAACUAAAGAGCAAGCAGAGAAAGCUAUUGAGUUUUUGAAUAAUCCACCAGAAGAAGCACCACGGAAACCUGGGAUUUUCCCCAAAACAGUGAAGAAUAAGCCUGUUCCUACACUGAACACAAGUAACGGCACUGUAGUGGAGGAGAAGAAAAAAAAGAAGAAAAAGAAGUCCAAAGUGAAGAAAGAGAGCAAUGCCCAGGCAGCUGCAGAGCCAAAGGAAUCAAACACCAACACUACUAUGGAGCCAACACCCAAAUCAAAAAGACACAGGACUACAUCUGAGUGUUCUGAAAUGGAGGGAACUGAGACUCCAAAGCAGCCCUCCAAGAGGGAGAAAAGGAAAUGGGACAAAACAGAAAACUCCGAGGUAACUUGUGAAAGCAGGCCUGGGAAGAGAAAAAGAACCAGCUCAGCAGAUGGGGAGACAUCGGCUCCAAAAGUCAAGAAAACCGCUGAAAAGGAGGAAGCUGAAACAGUGAAAGAGGAAACUACAGAAGCUCCAAAGAACUCCAAUGGUAAAGAAGUUUCUGCAGAAGAGGACAAGGAUAAAAAAGACACAUCUCUUUCCAAAGCUAAAAGGAAACACAAGAAGAAACACAAGGAAAGGCACAAAAUGGGGGAAGAAGUCAUCCCACUCCGGGUCCUGUCCAAGGCCGAGUGGAUGGGUUUGAAGCAAGAAUAUUUGGCCCUGCAGAAAGCCAGUAUGGCCUCCUUAAAGAAAACCAUGACUCAAAUCAAACUUGAGCCCGCGGGAGAGAUGGAAACAGAGUCCUGUGCACAGAAAUCCGAAAACCACAAAACCACCAGUGCCGAUUGUGCCCCUCCAGCCAAGGCCAACACAAUGGGGCCUCAGUUCGUUAGCGGAGUAAUUGUGAAGAUCAUCAGCACCGAGCCCCUGCCGGGCAGGAAGCACAUCAAGGAUGCUCUGGCAGUGCUGGCUGAGGUGGCUUAUGUUGACAUGCUGGAGGGAGACACCGAGUGCCACGUCCGCUUCAAGACUCCCGAGGAUGCACAGACUGUCCUGAAGUCACACAAAGAAAUCCAGAUCAAAAACAACUGCAAAUUCGAAAUUCUCACUGGUGACAAUGAACAGCGUUACUGGCAGAAGAUUUUGGUGGACAGACAAGCUAAGCUGAACCAGCCUCGAGAAAAGAAGAGGGGGACUGAGAAGUUGAUUGCCAAGGCUGAGAAGAUGAGACUGGAGAAGACUCAACAGACGAGCAAACACAUUCGCUUCACUGAUGGCAACUAACCAGGCCCGAUGAUCUUCAGGUGUGAACUGUAGGUAUUCCAAACCAACCUACCAAAACCAGCCCCCACAGCCACCACUGCUUACAGCAACUAAACCCAGGAGCCACAACUCUGCAAGACUGCAAGAGUGGAAAUGGCUCUGAACUCUGUUUGGAAUAGGCAGAAUGUUUGCUGCUUCUGAGCCUUUAGGUUAAGCUCUCUGGAAAAUGUGUAUUACAAGAUUUUGCUUUAGUUCACUUUUGGGGUUGGUUUUUUUUUGUUCUUUUUUUUUUUUUUUUUUUUUUGGAUUAUAUUUUUUUGUAUGUUGUUUUGUACACUAGGUUAUAAAAUAAAAUGCUGGAGAAAAUUUCUGUUGUGUAU